UUGCAUUUUCAGGGAGUAGCACCAGGGAGUGUAGUGCUCUUACAGGGAGGAAUAGAAAAGAAUCGCUACAAUACUGAUGCAGAAGACUUACCAUUCAGACAGGAAUCCUACUUCUUCUGGACUUUCGGUGUCCAUGAAAGCGACUUUUUUGGAGCAGUCGAUGUGGAUUCUGGAAAAUCGUGUCUUUUUCCGCCAACUUUGAAUCCCAGCUAUGCUAUUUGGGAUGGCAAAAUCAACGACGAAUCGUUUUUCAAGAACAAGUACGAAGUCGAUGAUGUUCAUUUCCAUAAUGAAAAUGCCAUCAGCAAUUAUCUAAAGGGCCUAAAUGCGAAAAAAGUUCUGCUUCUGAAAGCGGAAAACAGCGACAGCGGAAACGUUUUAGAGCCACCAACUUUUCCUGGCAAAGAAUCAUUUGACGUCGAUGACAACAAGCUAUACCCUGUCAUGGCUGAAUUGCGCGUUUUCAAAACGGACAAAGAAUUAGAAGUAAUGAGAUAUGCUAGCAAAAUCGCUUCUGAGGCUCAUCGUGUGGCUAUGAAAGCAGUACGCGCCGGUCUAUACGAAUAUCAAAUGGAAAGGUAA